UGAAAUUAUUCUCAGUAUAACGAGGUCACUAUCAUUUUCUUUUACGCCUCACACACUGGAUAUUGUCUUUGCCUGUAUGGCUUGGAUAAGACCAUUAUGUCUACAAGACUCUUUUCGUUGCUUUACGGUAAAAAUUGGCGCAUGCGCAGUCUUCAACUUCCGGCAUCCGAAUGUUGUUGCUGAGGAUGAAAACACGGCGCUUGAGGAGGCGAGAGAAAGAAAAGUACAAUGGAUGGAAAUGCUGCUUGCAGAGUGUGCGCGUGCGUAAUUCGGUGAAGGGUUGUUCCAGAGAGCCCGAGGGUUGCCGGCUGUCAGCGUGACGGUGUGUGUGUGUGUGUCACUGUGUGUCGCUCCUCCUCGCAAGGCUCCUGAGACCCCCUCCUCCUCUGUGCGCGUGAGAGCCAUGGCCGACUCGGUCAAGACCUUCCAGUCGCACCUGACCUCGGUGCUGGACAGCCUGGUGCGCGCGUCCGUGUGCGAGAUCACGAAGCUCUUCCAGGAUACGGUGAAGGACUACCUGGUGGAGAUCUCCCUCAACAGGAAGGAGAACGAGGCGCUCAAGCUGCGGCUGCGCCUCACCGAGAACAAGCUGCGCAACGAGCGCAAGUACGGCAUGGGCUGGGCGGCGGGCCGGCGCGCCCCCGGCCUGCUCGUGUCCGAGGAGAGCGGCCGCAGGAAGAGGAAGAGCGACGCGGGCAGAACCAAGCACAUAGGCAGCACUGCUUUCACAAAAGACUGGCCCACUGGCCCCUGGCAGGCAGGGUCAGCCACCACGGGAGAGGCUGGGGGGGCGCCUCGGGACGUGUACCUCGUUCAGCUCCCAGGUGGUGAGGAGGAGGAGGAAGAGGAGGCAGUGGAGAGCACAGCGAGAGAGUCAGAGGAGACUACCAACAUCAAAGAGGAAUCCACAGACUUGGAAGGAUACAGACCAGAAUCUCUGCAACUGAUACACGAAGUCCUUCAGAUGGAUCCAGCUGAUCAGAAUCUUGGAGAUACGAACCCUGGCGCUGAGCUAGCUGGUACUUCAGAGAGGACUGCUGUUGAGCCGCCGCAGUGUGAAAGCGAGUGGGCCUCGCAGAUCACAUCUGCAGGGGGCCCUGAGAAACUCGCUGAGCAGCAGAGGACUAGACACGGUGUGGAAGAGCUCCCUAGCCUGGAGACUGGCUUGAAGGCAGAGCGGGGCGCAGAGUCGGCAACCCAGUGUCUCGGGCAGUCGGGAGCUGAGCGCGAGGUGGGGGACUUUGGCAGUCAAGCUUCAGAGAGCAUAGAGAACACCCUGGGGGACUUGGAGUACGUGAUGGCCCAGAAGUACAUCGGGUUGGACGGCUUGUGCAGCUCAGAACAGGAUGCUGCCCAUCAAACUGCACAGGCACCUGACGGAGACGCUGACGGCGUGCUGGAGGUCCAUGGUCGAAUGGUCCCAGCGCUCCCACAUUCAGAAACUCGAGGAUUCAGUUCCAUGCGUGUGAAGGAGGGUAUUAGAUCACUCUCGGUGGGAACAGGAGACCUUCGAUCCAGCUGGCCGAAGAGGACAAGGGAGGGAGAAGCUGCCAGUAUGGAGAGAUUGGCACUGCAGCCUGCUCAGAUGGAGCAGGGGGGCAUGGGAACACACAUGUCUCAGGUUGCAGGUGUGAGUACGGCAGAGUCUGGUGGAGACCCGGGGGAUUUCGUUCACCUCUGUAACCAGUGUGGUUACACGUUCAACUCAGCUGGCGAUUUGGAAGAGCACCCCUGUCUCCUUUCUGUCCAGGAACAGCAGCAUACUUGCACCCUGUGUGGGAAGAGCUUCAACCAGGCUUCACAUCUCCUUUCUCACGUGCGCUUACACACCGAGGAGGCAGGCGAGAGACCGUACCGCUGCGCUCAGUGCGGACGCUCUUUCAACCAGUCCUGGAACCUGAAGAAUCACGAAUGCGUUCAUUCAGAGCAGAGGCCACAUCGAUGCGAAUUGUGCGGGAAGAGGUUCACACACUCGCGGUCUCUCGAACGCCAUCAGUUGGUCCACACGGGAGAGAGACCGCACCGCUGCCCCCAAUGCGGGCGCAGCUUCAGCCGUCUAGGUAACCUGGAGCGACACCAGCGCAUUCAUACAGGGGAGAGACCGUACGGCUGCGCCGCUUGCGGCAAGCGAUUCAGCCGAGUCGAGUACCUGAAGAGACACCAGCAGAUCCACAACGGAGAGAGGUUAGCCCACCAGUGUGGCCACUGUGGGAAGACCUUCAGUGAGCCGGAGCAGCUGAAAAAUCACCAGUGCUUUUAUACCAUUUAAUUUAAACACUCUUUUUGACUUGUUGCAACAGUGGCUUUUCUGCAAACCAAUC